GUGGAGAAAUCGUUAAUGAGCAAACGUAGGUUAGCGAACGUGACCCUCGACGUCGAUCGCGCUGGCAGUCACGGUGUUGGCCGGAUCGCAGCCGAUCAUGCACUGGUCGGUGGACACAAAGGACCCGUACUGGAUAUCGCCUGGUGCCCGCACAAUGACAACGUAAUUGCCUCCGGAUCCGAAGACUGUGUCGUCAAGGUAUGGCAAAUCCCCGACGGCGGAUUAUCAAGGACAAUGACUGAUCCAGUAGUAGAUUUGGUAUACCAUCAACGCAGAGUUGGCCUAGUCCUGUGGCAUCCGUCGGCGUUGAACGUUCUACUCACGGCGGGCUCCGAUAAUUUGAUAGUUAUAUGGAACGUUGGAACCGGCGAAGUGCUGGUACGCAUCGAGUGCCACCCGGACACUAUUUACAGUGCAUGCUGGAACUGGGACGGCUCACAAUUAGUUACUACUUGCAAAGAUAAGAAAAUUCGCAUACUCAACCCACGAUCGGGUGAAAUUCUGAACGAAGCCGUUGCACACGAAGGAUCGAAAGCAACGCGUGCAAUAUUUUUACGACACGGACUCAUCUUCACCACUGGUUUCAAUCGAUCCUCGGAACGACAGUAUUCUCUACGAGCACCGGAUGCGCUGGGCGAUCCGAUUGUGAUGGUAGACUUGGACACAUCGAACGGUGUAAUGUUUCCUCUUUACGAUCCUGACACUAACCUGAUCUACCUGUGUGGCAAGGGCGAUUCGGUUAUCCGAUAUUUUGAGGUCACGCCAGAGCAGCCAUUCGUGCAUUACAUUAACCAGUUUCAGACACCGGAUUCGCAGCGAGCUAUCGGUAUGAUGCCAAAACGAGGAUGUGACGUAGCAACCUGCGAAGUGGCGCGAUUCUACCGGCUCAACAACGGGGGUUUAUGUCAGGUGAUCUCAAUGACAGUGCCUAGAAAGAGCGAACUCUUCCAGGAAGACCUCUACCCGGAUACGCUCGCGGAUGAAGCUUCUAUAUCGGCGGAAGAUUGGAUGUCAGGUUCUGAUGCGGAUCCACAGCUGGUGUCGUUGAAAGUAAGUUUACGGACGAACAUACAUGUUUUCUACCACACGGCAGACAGCGCAAGAGAAGGACACGAUGUAAGGUGUUAUAUACCUUUGUAAUCGUUAAAAUGAAAU